AUGCCGGCGCGCGGUCAGAUUGCCGGGCGACGGUUGCUGCGGCUUCUGUCGCGACUCGCGCCAUCGCCUCGGGCCUUCUGCGCGGCGGAGGAGGCGCAGCUGCGGCCCUUGCCGGCCGAGGUCCGUGCGUCGAGCGAGGCUCUCUGGCGAAAGCUGCAGGCCGGCAGCGCUUCGGUGACGCCGGACUUCAUUAGCGAGGAAGAGGAGGCGUUGCUGGCUCAGGAGCUGGAACCGCAGCUGCGCCGACACCGCUAUCAAGACGAGCAUUGGGACGGGGCUAUUCAUAAGUAUCGGGAGACGGAAAAAUCAUACUGGAGCAAAGAGUGUCAUGAGAUCUUACAACGAGUCCGGAGUGUUGCUUUUCCCCCAGGAGUACCACAGCUCGCUCAAGUCCACGUCCUGGAUUUGGAUAAAAGUGGCUACAUAAAGCCUCAUGUAGACAGUGUCAAGUUCUGUGGCUGCACCAUUGCAGGCCUGUCCCUCCUGUCUUCAAGUGUAAUGCAUCUGGUUAGUGAACAGAAUCCACAGGACUGGCUGGAUCUUCUGCUGGAGCGCCGAUCUCUCUACAUUCUUAGAGGGCCUGCUCGUUAUGAAUUCACUCAUGAAAUUCUUAAAGACGAGGAGUCCUUUUUCGAUGGAAGGAAGGUCGCCAGGGAACGAAGGAUCUCUGUCAUCUGUCGAAACCUGCCCUUACCAUCAGAACCAUCCUAGAACUGCCAAGUGAUACUGUGACGGCUAACUGUUGCUCCCAGGUGGAAUUUAGUUUGUUGUCCAAUUGAUGUGGUGGUCUUUCUGCACAAAUAUCUCUGACCUGCUUUUCUACAGAACUUUGGUUUUCUGUCCAACAGUAAGCGAUAAAAGCAUUCUUCCAUGCAGUCAAGGGAGCCUAAAAGUGCACAUUGUCUAAGAAAGUGUUCUGCCUCUCACACUUAACAGGCAGGAAGAAGGAAAUAUGCCACAAUUUGGCCAAUAGACCUAACUAAAAUGAACCACAACACUGCUAAUCUCAGGGAACAACAUUUUUUUCUAUAAUGUGUGUUGCUGCAAACAUAGAUGGGGUGAAAUUAAGAAUUGAAAUGUACAGGUUUAUUUUUAGGGGGUUAUCAGUGUAUUGUAAUUUUUAAAUUAUCCUUUAAUUGCUUUUCCAGUUACUGAACUAUUAAACACUGUUUUCUUCUCUGCUCAGUAUUUAGUAUCAUACCUGCUGAGCCUCAAAAUAGUGAACUUGGCAAAACAGAUAGAUAGAUGUUCACUAGUGCUAUGAAUUCUUUCUAAAAGGGGUUGGCUGAAAAUGAGAAUUACAUCUUUGAUGCUUGUGGCCAUCAAAUAUGUAGAUGAGAGCAGGGCCUAAGCUAAUUGCACUAUUAUUUUUUUAUAAAUGUGUUGCCAAUUUUUUGAAUGGUAAAAAAAGUACUUGAAUUUUGAAUUUUCUCACAAUUGAUGCUGCAACUGAAUAUGUUUAAUUCAUUUCUGUGAAUUAAAUAAUUUCAAAAUGAUUCCAAUAGGUGUCAUAAGCACAAGAUCAGCUUUAACAUUUAGAUAUUUAAAAAUAAAUAAAUGAAAAAGCUAAGUUGGAGUAUCUCUAAAUGAGAAUUUGACUGUGGAGGGUAUUCAGUGGGAAUAGGAGAAAUCUCCACAUUUUGACUUGCAGCAUCAGCAUCAAAAUACUGAAGAGAAAAGAGCUAAAAUGAAGAAGUGGAAGACAAGUCAACAGUCUUGAUUAUAAAAAAGGAAGUGUUGAGGAAUGUGGAAAUAGAUAGCACUUAUCUAAUCUUUGAUUCGGGAUGUAGUAAAAUAUGAAGAGACUAGGGCUGAAUCUGUGGUCUCCUAUUGCUCAGGACUAGAAUCCAGUUCUAUUUACAACCAGGAACACCUGACUCUGAAUGGCUCUAUCUCUUCUUUAUAUUUCUUUUUUAUUACU